CAUCCAAGGACAGGUCUAGAGUAAAUUGAACAUUUCGAAUACCACCAUUUCUGACAAAAUAAAAACAGCUUGCACUAUCAUACUAUUCUAUUUGACACUAGAUGUGGAAAAUGUAGCUUCUCCAGUUCCAUCUGAUGCAACAGUUGUCGAACAUGAUCAUUCUUCUUGUAGGCCUACUGUUUGCCUUUUUGAAAGGUGAACAAACACAAGUUCAAUCCAGACAGGUCCCUUCUUUUGAAUGCGGCGACAGAUUUAAUGGUACAUCAGGAAUAUUCUCAUCACCUCAACGUUCAGGUACAUAUCCACCAUAUUCGAAUUGUACUUGGGUCAUUGAGGUUGGAUACGAGUAUAGAGUACAGAUAUGGAUGGAAGCGUUCGAUGUCGAAUAUAGUCCAAAUUGUGUUAAUGAUUAUGUAGAAGUACAGGUUGAUAACUGUGAAGAAACCAAUACGACACAUUCUAGGUUUUGUGGUGAAUAUAUGCCCGUACAGACGUCCUCAACUAAUCGAUUGAUUAUGAUAUUUCGGACAGACGAUCAAACUCAGGGAAAAGGAUUUUUCGGAAAUUGGACCGCCAUCAAGUCAGACGACGUACCGAUGUUACUAUCCGCCGGAAAACCAACUAACCAAUCGAGUACACUGUCAUUCUUUCAAUCAGAUUUGGCCGUUGAUGGGAUAGAAUAUACCUACAAUGCAACAGAUUCAUGUUCGCAGACAUCAUAUACUGAAGAACCGUGGUGGAUAGUUGAUUUACAGAAGGCAGUUGGUAUACAGUACGUAGACAUUGUUCGUAACCCAUCACGCAAUUUUAGCUUGGCUGAAACUGAAGUAAGAAUUGGAAUGAGUCCUGAUUUUUAUCAGAAUCCUAUAUGCAAAUCAUUACAAGAUGAUAAUGUGUCGUCAUUUAGAUGGCGCAUACGAGUUGAGUGUGGUUACCCACUUAUUGGACGUUUUGUGUCAGUCCAGACUUUGGACACUAUUGCACACUUGCAAUUAUGUGAAGUGAUGGUCUAUGGUUACGCAUGGUAUUCCGGACUAAGUAAACAAACCAAAAACAAACUUCAAGUUGCCCAAAACAAAAUUGUACGAUUCAUCAAGAACCUACCUCCUAGAUCCCAUAUCGGUAGAGAUCAACUGUCCAGCAUUGGGUAUCUCAAUAUUAAAAACCGAGUAAAGUUUCUUCGCCUCUCCCAUGUACACAAAAUAGCCAAUGGAUACAAAGCCACUUACCUAUCAGAACAUUUUAUGAGACUGAAAGAUCUUAAUCACAAGAAUAAACAAUUUCAAUGCUUCAAUGGGAGAUGUGUUCCGCCUGAGUACAUAUGUAAUGGAUAUGACAAUUGUGGUGAUGGAAGUGAUGAGCAGCAGUUAUGUGAUCCACUUGUCCUGUCAGACCAAGUACAUACAGAGCAAAGCAGCACUUAUAUAGAUAGUGGCAACUACGGAUACCUGUCAAGAUUUGCCAUUGAUGGCGAUGCUAGGUCCUAUAUGAAAUCGUGCACACAUUCUCGUAUGGAGUUUCAGCCUUGGUGGAUGUUGGAUCUGGGAAAUACCUAUGACAUACGAUAUGUUGAUAUAGUUAAUAGAAAAAGAUUUGAACAUCGACUAAAUGGAGCUGAGGUAGGAAUAGGUAUGAGCCGGAAACCAGGGGUGAACCCACGAUGCGGAUCAGUUAUUGAUGAUGAAAUGACAAGCAUGGGUUACGAGUUACGCAUAGACUGUGUGCGUUUUAUGCACGGUAGAUUUGUUACAGUGCAACUUACAGGGAUUAGCGAAUAUUUGACUCUCUGUGAGGUCAUUCUUUUCGGUUACGAAUAUCCAAGAAAUGGCAAAGAUGUUGUAUGUAGUUAUUCACCUGGACCUUGCGAUGUCGAGGCUAACGAUUGUUUGGCGAUGUCAUCCACCAGUUCUUCUUGUAAAUAUCCAAGAAAUGGCAAAGAUGUUGUAUGUAGUUAUUCACCUGGGCCUUGCGAUGUCGAGGCUAACGAUUGUUUGGCGAUGUCAUCCACCACUUCUUCUUGUA